AGCUUCAAUCAUAGUGAUUCUGAGGACUGUCAAUUUCUCCUAGGGCAGAUUACCCCCCAGUGCGCCAAUCGCCAUAGCUCACUCGAAAAGCUACGGAAUUGAGUGAUUCAACUUUCAGUGGAAAGCUGACGCUGCAAGCUACAACAUAUCCGAUUUUCAGAUUGUUUCACCGAUUGGAGUGUUAGAUAUAGCUUUUCGAAGGUCGCGAGUUUUCUGGGCGUCAUAACGAAGUGCUGCAGAAAUUUCCAAGGAGCCAUUGAAUCAUCUGCUUAUAGCCUUCUCUAACCAACAAGUGGUAUCAGAGCCCAUUAUCAAGCAUUUGGGACCUAAAAUACGAUGGGAGAUAAGGAGGACUCUGGUGGAGGUGAUACUUCAGUCCAAGGAGGCAGCUCAACCCAAGAUUCUGGCAUUGCAGCGCAAAGGGGAGCGCGUACAAGCCAGGGGUCACUGCUUAAGGAGGUGCUGAAGAACUUCACCAUUGAGAAGUUCUUUGGAGAUGGCUAUGAUGAUUGGGCAUGGAAGAUGCAGCUCUACUUUCGACAAAUUGGCCUCUUGAAGCUCAUGAUUGGAACGGAGCCCAGGCCAAAGGAAAUGGCAGAGCGAGCGGACUGGGAUGAACGUUCAUCUGCUGGGUAUUAUCUACUGUCACAAAGCUUGGAGCUGAACCAGAGGCAUCACAUCAUGCAUCUGCUGCCGGAAACUGAUUGUGGGCCCAAGGCAUGGGCAGUGCUCAAGGACCUGCACGCUCCGACAUCGAUUGCCGCUUCUCUCAUGGUGGAUCGGGAGCUGUCCAUGCUGCGGUUGAGCGAGAAUGAACCUGUGCAGCCCGUACUGGACAAGAUGAGGGAACUCUACGCGAAAUUGGCGAUUGCUGGCAUCACGUACCCCGAGCAGACUAAGUGUCUCAAGAUGCUCAGCCUGCUGCCCGAGUCUUGGCUGCAAUUUAUAAGCGGACUCAGCUUGCCACAAAACCAAAGGAUCGAGGGCGUGGCAAUCGCGGUCGCUCUUACUACAACCAAGGUGGUCGCGGGACUUGGAACCAGCGGGGGCGUGGUGGCGCUGGUGCAAGAGGAAGAGGUGGUCACUCCAACAAUGACAACAGUGAACCACGCUUGAGGGGAGAGUGCUGGUAUUGCAAGGAAGAAGGGCAUCCAUGGUUUCGCUGCUCUACCAAGCCCGACUGUGGCACAGCUGUUGCAAGGGCUGGAGAGGAAUUGCACCCGCUUGACAUGUGGGCCAUGGACUCUGGUGCUGCAUGGACAAUGACACCACGCAAGGACUUGCUGGAUGCU